AGAGAGAGAGAGAGAGAGAGAGAGAGAGAGAUUUCAUUCUUCUUUGUGUAUAUAUACCCACUACAAACAACAUGAAAAUUCCCCUUUCCUUCCUUUUCUUCCACCUCCCAACUGUCUCAAACCAAUCCUUAUUGAUUCAUUCAACAAAGAUUGAAUCAAGAAAGAUUCAAAGUCACCCCCAUUGAAAUACCCAAUAAAGGAAAAGAAAUGGUGGACUCAAAAUCCCAGUACUACUGCAGUUAUGAUCAAUUUCUACUGAUCUUUUGGGUCAUUUUCUUGACAGAAUUAGUAGGGAGUGGGUAUGGAGUGGGAGUGAACUGGGGAACCAUGGCAACCAACCAGCUGCCGCCGAAGAAGGUGGUGGAGAUGAUGAAGGCAAAUGGGUUUGACAAGGUGAAAUUGUUCGAGGCAGAUGGGAGGAUUAUGCAGGCAUUGAUUGGGAGUGAGAUUGAAGUGAUGGUGGCAGUGCCUAAUUACAUGUUGCAGAAGAUGAGUGAGGACCCUGGUUUUGCUGUUGCUUGGGUUGAAGCCAAUGUCACUAGUUAUUGCUACUCUGGUGGUGUCAAUAUCAAGUACGUGGCCGUGGGCAACGAACCCUUCCUGAAAACAUACAACAACACUUACCUCCCCUACACCCUCCCCGCCCUAAAAAACAUCCACCAAGCCCUAAACCACUCUCACCUCUCCUCCACCGUGAAAACCACCAUCCCUUUGAACGCCGACGUCUACUUCUCCCCCGACUCCUCCCCCGUCCCCUCCUCCGGCGACUUCCGCCCCGACACCAAACCCAUCACCCUAGAAAUCGUCAACUUCCUCCACUCCAUCGACGCCCCAUUCACCGUCAACAUCUACCCCUUCCUAUCCCUCUACCAGAACCCCAACUUCCCCCUCGACUUCGCCUUCUUCGACUCCAGUUACAAGCGGUUGCGAGACGGGGAGAACGGGUAUGCGAACGUGUUUGAUGCGAAUUUCGACACGUUGGUUUGGGCGUUGAGGAAGGCCGGGUAUCCGGACAUGAGGAUCGUGGUGGGGGAAGUGGGGUGGCCGACGGACGGCGAUGUGAAUGCGAAUAUGGAGAACGCGAGGAGGUUUAAUCAGGGGCUGGUUAGGCAUGUUUUGAGCUGGAAUGGGACUCCGGCCAGGAAAGGGGAGAUUGAGGUUUAUUUGUUCAGCUUGAUUGAUGAGAAUGCCAAAAGCAUUGCCCCAGGCAACUUCGAGAGGCAUUGGGGCAUAUUUGAGUACGAUGGGAAGCCAAAGUAUGACUUAGAUUUAAAGGGUUUGGACGAGAACAAGGGGCUAGUCCCGGUGCAAGGAGUGCAAUACAUGUACAGGAGAUGGUGUGUUCUGAACUCACAUGUGAAGGAUCUGGGAGAGCUGCCCAAAAGCCUCGACUACGCUUGCAGCUUGUCCGAUUGCACCGCUCUGGGCUACGGCUCUUCUUGCAGCCAUUUGAGUGAACAAGGAAACGCGUCCUAUGCUUUCAACAUGUACUACCAGUUGCAAGGCCAGAACAUGUGGGACUGCGAUUUCAAUGGCUUGGCUACGGUGACGGAAGAGGACCCUUCCGACGACAAGUGCCGGUUCCCAGUGAUGCUUGCUCCUGUUCGUCCAGUGGUCCUGCAUAGGACGGUUGUUGGGAUGUUGCUUGUCAUUCUUGUGGGAUGUAUAGUAUUUUUGCUCCUCGUAUCCUAGUUUAGGUGCCGGAUCCUUUGUCGUUGAAAUCUUUGUUCAUCGAUCUGCUCUGCUCUACAUUAUUCAACAUUAAUUGAUGUACACCGCAUUGCCCGAUUGAAAGUGGUUUGUCGCAGGGAAUGUUAUUUUUUGAUGAUGACACUGGAUCUUAGGCAUAGUUUAGCUGGAGGAUGUCUAGGAGUCUAUUGACUAUGGGUUAGAGGCAUGUGUAAAUUAGACAAUUUGGGUACAGCUAAUGAGAUUGUAUUGUAAAUUACUGCUUUCUUCCCCCCUUUGGUUUGAAGUCAUAGAAGGUUAUCCUUUGGCAUUGCUUUGUGCCUUCUAAUUUCCA